CUUGUGAAUCGUGACAUGAGACUAAACAGGGUCCGCAUUCCUUCGUUCCUCUCGGUGCGUUGCGUUUGUUAUAUAACUAACUAACUUCCUUCUCCGAGUCCCAGAAACGAACUACAUUGUCUAGCUAGUCUCCUCCCUCCCGCCCCUCUUCAUCGCCGGAGUGCCCAUGCCAUUGCAUUCCAAUAUUAUUCCAUCCCAUCCAAAUCUAACAUCUAACAUCUAACAUCUAACAUCUAACAUUAAUUAAUGGAGCGAUCAGAACAACAAGAGGAGGAGGAGCAGAAGCAACGAGGAGGAGGAGGAGGAGGAGGAUCGCCGUUGAAGAAGGAGGAGGAGGAGGAGGAGAAUGGUGGGAGGAGGAGGAGGAGGAGGCCGGGGUGGUUGCGGCAUAACUCGCCGCUGUUCCAGGUGGUGGUGAUCGGGGUGGUGUGCUUCUGCUGCCCGGGGAUGUUCAACGCGCUGUCGGGGAUGGGCGGCGGGGGGCAGCUCGACCACCGGGCGGCCAACAACGCCAACACGGCGCUCUACGCCGCCUUCUCCGUCACCCUCCUCCUCGGCUGCUCCACCUACUCCCUCUACGCCGGCUCCUUCCUCUACUACAACCACCACCCGGGCCGCCAGCUCUUCACCGUCGUCUCCGGCGGCGUCCUCGGCGCCGGCGCCGGCCUCCUCUGGUCCGCGCAGGGCGCCGUCGUCACCUCCUCCCCGCCGCCCCGCCUCAAGGCCUCCUACUUCGCCCUCUUCUGGGCCAUCUUCAACACCGGCGGCGUCCUCGGCGGCCUCCUCCCCUUCCUCAUCAACUACUCCCGCCCCGCCACCGCCGCCUCCCUCGGCGACGCCACCUACGUCGCCUUCGUCGCCUUCAUGGCCUGCGGCGCCCUCCUCUCCCUCGCCGUCCUCCCGCCCUCCCGCGUCGUCCGCGACGACGGCUCCCGCCCCUCCGACGACGCCUACUACCCGGACGCCCGCGCCGAGCUGCUCCGCAUCCUCCGCCUCUUCGCCGACCGCAACAUGCUGCUCAUCGCCCCCGCCGCCUGGGCCAGCAACUUCUUCUACACCUACCAGUUCAACCACGUCAACGGCGACCUCUUCGACCUCCGCACCCGGGGCCUCAACAACGUCUUCUACUGGGGCGCGCAGAUGCUCGGCUCCGCCGCCGUCGGCUACCUGCUCGACUUCAGCUUCCCCGGCCGCCGCCGCCGCCUGCGCGGCUUCCUGGGGAUCGCCGUCGUCGCCGCGCUCGGCACCGCCGUCUGGGCCGGCGGGAUCGCCGACCAGCGCAGGUUCGGCCACUCCGGGGGCCCCCUCGCCAGCCCCAUCGAUUUCAGGCAGGGGAGGCGCUUCGGCGGGCCCUUCGUCCUCUACUUCUCCUACGGAUUGCUCGACGCCAUGUUCCAGACCCUCUGCUAUUGGGUCAUCGGCGCCCUCGCCGACGACUCCCAGACCCUCAGCAGGUACAGCGGAUUCUACAAGGGGGUGCAGAGCGCGGGGGCCGCGGUCGCGUGGCAAAUCGACACUCGAAACGUUUCGGCUAUGUCGCAAUUGAUCGUGAAUUGGUCCCUCACUACAAUAAGCUACCCCUUGCUGGCUGUGCUGGUGGCAUUGGCUGUGAAGGAUGAAACCUCUCCUCAGGAUGCAGAGAAGAACAUUCCCAAUCCUCCUCCUUCAGCGGCUGCUGCUGCUGCUGCUGCUGCUGCUCCUCCUCCUUCUAUCUCUGUCGGUGAUGGCGGCGAGCAAGGUAAUAACAGGGAAGCAAAGAGCAGCUGAAAAGUGCCGGCUUUUCAGUUUAACCGCCUUCCCUUCAAUCGUUAAUUGCUAUUGUGUGAAUUACAGUGGUAAUAUUCUUCUCGGCUGAUCGGUACAGGAGAAUGGUUAAAUUUUUCUCUCUGUGUUAAUGAUUUAUUGUGUAGCAGCUUCGUUGCGUCAUUUUGUCAAGCCUGUAAUUUUUCGACUAUAUUUAUGAAAGGAAUUAGGUUAUCGCA